GCAACAGCUCCGAAGACUAUGUAAGAAUCCUACAGAAUGUCCCGAUCACGAGAGCUGCUGCGUACAUGAGAGUGUCCAAUCCAGUAAACAGUUCAAAACUGAGCUUGGUCGAGAAGGGUAUUUGUGAAGACAUCCAGUGUAAGAGUGAAGAGCUGGUGAUAAAGAAGCAAGGCCUCUACUUGAUCUAUUGCCACUUGAACUUUCAUUUUCCUAACUGUUCAAACAGCCCCAUUGAUCUCAAGAUAGAGCUCCUUGUGAAUGACAAAGUCAACAGGCAAACAUUAUCCACAUGGUGCGCAUCAGAAACUUGCCAAGAAAAGACUUUUAAGACCUUGUUCCAGCUCCAUUUGACAUACCUGAAUGUGAAGGACCGAAUAUCAGUAACACUUAAUCAUCCUAAAUUCUUGAAUGAAAUUUCUCUUCCCAAUGACAACGUUCUUGGGGUCUUGAGGUACAGUGAUGAAAUGUGA